AUGGCCCGUAGCUUUUCAUAUUUUGAGUUGUUCAGAUUUUUGGCACUAAAAUCGUCUGGAUUUGGGUCAUCGACGCCUCCACCACCAUCUCGCGUUCCGAUUCUUCACUGUCACGUCACCCCCAAUCCGGCUUCGCUAGGUUUAGUUCCAUCUGUCGAAUAUUGUUGGUCUGUCGCAUCCCCCCAAGCCUCCACUUCCCCUAUCUCGGACGUCGCCUCCCGCUCUUUGCGAUCACCAUCCUCGAUUCAGCUUCCAAUACCGGUGUACCUCAUCGUCAUCGCUCCACCAAGGCUUCGUGUCAUCGCCGCUUCUGCCACCGGUCCAGGAAACCCACCGCUUCACUGUUCCUCGGUUUCGACGAAUUUGAAAGGCUUAGACUUUGAAGUCGCCGACAACGUGCAGCGAAAUCAUAUUAGGGUGUUUUCUACAAUUUCUAUUUAUGAUUUUGGAAUUUGGCAACAUAUUAUUCUCCUGUGA